AUGUCUAGAGCGUCGCUGCGGCGGGAUGGUCGUGGGCAUCGAGAGAUGCGUGGAAAGGAGCUGCGGACCUCCGAGCUUACGCAGUUUGACGGCUCUGCCUGGUAUUCGCAGGGUCUCACCACUGUCGUUGCCGCCGUCAACGGACCCGUGGCGGCGCGGCAAGAGGACUAUCGCAAAUGCGGUGUGCAAGUUUAUGUCAAUCGCGCCGUUCGCAUACCGCGCGCCGGCGGGACAGAUCGGCUCUGCGUGGAGGAACAACGUGUGGAGCAGCGGCGCAUGGAUGCAGAAGUGGAGAUGUUUCUUACCGCUUCCAUUCAAGCCGUGGUGCGACUGGAUCAGUUCCCGCGCUGCGUGCUCGAAGUUCACGUCACCAUUUUGGCGGACGAUGGCGCCCUUCUUUCUGUGGCGACAAAUGCACUCAUGUGCGCGCUCCUGGAUGCUGGUGUUCCCUGCCGCACGACAGUUGCCGCCGUAAGCAUCGUCGCACUUACACCGGAGGACGGUUCUCCAGUAACCGCUCCAACAACAACAACAACGACAACGGCAGCACCGGAGGCAUCUUCUUUGUUGUCGUCCUCUUUGCCGUUGGCGCUUUUGCUUGACCCAACACGUGUAGAGGAGGGAGGCGACGGGGUGCGCACAUGCGCCACAGCCACAUUUGUGCUUUCGAACUCCGCGGAUGGCAGCAAUAAUAGCAGUGGUGGCGUGUUGGUGAGUCAGCUGCAGACGUGUCCGCGGUCUUCGAUGCAUGGCGGAAGAAUGUCGUCCAAGGAUCUUGUAGGCAUGGUUGCAUUGGCAGAACGAGCGGCUGUCUCAAUAUUUUCGUUUUUUCGCAAAUGCAACGUGCCUCUGGAAUAA